AUGGAUAAAGUGCCUGAGUUUAGAAAGCUAAACGCUUAUAUAUUUCAAAGCAAACAGCCUGUUAUACUGCGCCUCUUACGACCAAGUCAAUUGGAGAUGAGCCAACUGUAUUGGAGUUGGGGAUCAGAUGUUCCUGAAUGUGAUGCACCCAGUGUAGGUCCGCGGGUAUGUAAGGACCUUGAUGAGUUAAACUCUGUUGUGUAG